GUAUUUUCGUGUUAGCAUAUGUGUGUGUAUUAACUCUCCUCUCUCCAGUCGUCUGUAUGUGCUGCAGGGAGGCCUGGCUCAGCAGGAGUGGAGAGUCCCUGAGCUGCUCCACAGACUGCUACAGUACCUAGAGCCCAAACUCACACAGGUCUACAAGAACGUCCGCGAGCGCAUCGGCAGGUAGGACCUCGCCUACAUCCAUUGACCGAACACUGAUGCAGUUAUUAAAAAAUAUACUAUCGGUAUACAUUUCAAAUGGCGUAUUUCCAAAAAUACUUACCCCAGUGUUUUACCCAAAAGGCUCAGACUUUUGUUUCCACCUCCAUGGCCUGGCCCCAGGGUCUCACUGAGCCAUGCUCUUGCUUGGACUUGGAGCCAAGGCCCUGGCCACUGGUACUUUUCAUCUGGCAUUUACUUAACAAUGGCUAACUGCAAUUAAAGACUUUAAGUCCGGGAAAACUCCAGGGUUGGAUGGCAUACCAGUCGAGGUAUACCAAACCUUUUUUGAUAUACUCAGAGGACCGUUAUUAGCAUGUUUAAACCACUCCUAUGUAAAUGGUAGAUUAUCAUACACUCAAGAAGAAGGUCUGAUUUCAUUAUUACUGAAACAGGAUACAAGUGGAAAAUAUAAAGAUCCAGUUCAUUUAAAAAAUUGGAGGCCCCUUACUCUUCAGUGUUGUGAUGCAAAUAUUCUAGCAAAAUGUAUAGCGCAUAGAAUUAAAAAGGUAUUGUCGGACAUUAUUCAUUCUAAUCAGACAGGCUUUUUACAUGGACGAUACAUUGGAGAUAAUAUAAGACAAGUACUGGAAACAGUAGAACACUAUGAAAAAUCUGGGAAACCAGGCCUGCAUAGCAGACUUUGAAAAGGCAUUUGAUAAAGUACGACUGGGGUUCAUAUAUAAAUGCCUGGAGCGUUUUAAUAUAGGAGAAUCUCUUAUAAAAUGGGUUAAAAUCAUGUAUAGUAACCCUAGGUGUAAAAUAGUAAAUAAUGGCUAUUUCUCAGAAAGUUUUAAACUGUCAAGAGGAGUGAAACAAUGUCGUCCACUUUCGGCAUAUCUAUUUAUUAUGGCCAUCGAAAUGUUAGCUAUUCAAAUCAGAUCCAGCAAUAAUAUGAAGGGAUUAGAAAUCCAGGGCUUAAAAACAAAGGUGUCAUUGUACGCUGAUGAUUCAUGUUUUCUUUUAAAUCCACAACUUGAAUCCCUCCACAGCCUCAGAGGAUCUAGAUACAUUUUCUAACCUCUGGAUUACAACCAAAUUAUGAUAAAUGUACUAUAUUACGUAUUGGAUCACUAAAAAAUACAGUUUUUACAUUACCAUGUAGUUUACCAAUAAAAUGGUCUGAUGUGGAUAUACUCGGAAUACAUAUCCCAAAGGAAAUAAAUGAUCUCACUCCAAUACAUUUUAAUAGAAAGUUAGCAAAAAUAGAUAAAGAUCUUGCUACCAUGGAAAGGUAAAUACCAGUCAAUUUGUGGAAAAACACCCUGAUUAACUCUUUAGUAUUAUUCCAGUUUACCUAUUUGCUUAUGGUCUUGCCUACGCCUAGCGAACAGUUUUUUAAAAAUCAUAUGAGAAAAUAUUCAAUUUUAUUUGGAACAGCAAGCCAGACAAAAUUAAACGGGCCUAUUUAUAUAAUGCAUAUGAAUUCGGAGGACAGAAAUGAUUAAACAUUAAAGCAAUAGACCUAUCACUAAAAGCUUCAGUCAUACAAAAGUUAUACUUAAAUCCGAACUGGUUCUCUAGCAAAUUAGUAAGAUUGUUUCACCCAAUGUUCAAGAAGGGCCUUUUUCCCUUUAUUAAGAUUACAACCUCUCACUUUCAGUUAUUUGAAAAGGAAAUCAUCUCCCAGAUAUCACUAUUUCUAAAACAAGCCAUAGAAAGUUGGUUGCAAUUUCUAUUUAAUCCUCCAGAAACGACAGAACAAAUAAUGCAACAAAUAUUGUGGUUAAACUCAAAUAUACCAAUUGAUAGAAAAACAUAAUUUUUUGAAUAAAAAAAAAAAAAAAGUUAUAAUCUUCAUAAAUGAUGUCAUAGGUAGAACUGGUGGAGUUGUCACACAUGCAGCUAACAAAAACAUAUGGAAAUGUCUGCUCUACCCAAAAUUACAACCAAAUAAUUUCAGCAUUAACGCAAAAAUGGAAGAGGAAAGUGGAAGCGGGAAAAAGUAAGGAACUUGUCUGUCGGUCCUGCAUUAAAGACCAUAAUUGUGAUAAAUAAAAAAGUAUACCAGUUUCAUUUAAGGACCAAAGGAUUGACAGCCGUCCCAUAUAGAUUGCAAAAUAGUUGGGAAAAGAUUUUUGAUGUACCGAUUCCAUGGCAUAGUAUUUAUGAACUGAUACGCAAAACGACGCGGAUUCAAAACUUAGAAUCAAUCCAUUUAAAUUAUACAAAAUUCUUGCUACCAAUAGAAUGUUAUUUAUAUGGGGGAUACAAUCUUCCCAGCUCUGCAGAUUUUGCUGUGAAGAGACAGAAUCAUUAGAUCAUUUGUUUUGGUACUGUCAAUUUGUAGCUUGUUUUUGGACACAGGUCCAGGAAUGGCUAAAGGAUUGCAAUAUUUACCUGGAGCUAACCCUGCAGAUAGCACUACUGGGUGAUCUGAAAAGUCAUAGUCAAUCGAUCAAUAAUAUAAUAAUACUUUUAACAAAAAUGUUUAAUUUCAAUUUUCAAUCUGUAGAAACAAUGAGAAUAGAAGGGUUCAGAACUUUUGUAAAACAUCACAGAACAGUUGAAAAAUAUAUGGCAAAUAGAAAUCCGGUAUGGAUGGUGUUAAGAGAUAGAUGGGAGGUGUUGAAUGGAGUUGACGGAUGGGACUAAUAACUAACAACAACUAAUAACAACAAGAUAACUAAUGUAAAGCAUACUGUGUCCAUAAGUAUAUACAGUUGGAGUCAUUAAAACUCAUUUUUCAACCACUCCACAAAUUUCUUGUUAACAAACUAUAGUUUUGGCAAGUCGGUUAGGACAUCUACUUUGUGCAUGACACAAGUCAUUUUUCCAACAAUUGUUUACAGACAGAUUAUUUCACUUAUUCACUGUAUCACAAUUCCAGUGGGUCAGAAGUUUACAUACACUAGGUUGACUGUGCCUUUAAACAGCUUGGAAAAUUCCAGAAAAUGAUGUCAUUGCUUUAGAAGCUUCUGAUAGGCUAAUUUACAUCAUUUGAGUCAAUUGGAGGUGUACCUGUGGAUGUAUUUCAAGGCCUACCUUCAAACUCAGUGCCUCUUUGCUUGACAUCAUGGGAAAAUCAAAAGAAAUCAGCCAAGACCUCAGAAAUAAAUCUGGUUCAUCCUUGGGAGCAAUUUCCAAAUGCCUGAAGGUACCACGUUCAUCUGUACAAACAAUAGUACACAAGUAUAAACACCAUGGGACCACGCAGCCGUCAUACCGCUCAGGAAGGAGACGCGUUCUGUCUCCUAGAGAUGAACGUACUUUGGUGCGAAAAGUGCAAAUCAAUCCCAGAACAACAGCAAAGGACCUUGUGAAGAUGCUGGAGGAAACGGGUACAAAAGUAUCUAUAUCCACAGGAAAAUGAGUCCUAUAUCAACAUAACCUGAAAGGCCGCUCAGCAAGGAAGAUGCCACUGCUCCAAAACCGCCAUAAAAAAGCCAGACUACGGUUUGCAACUGCACAUGGGGACAAAGAUCGUACUUUUUGGAGAAAUGUCCUCUGGUCUGAUGAAAUAGAACUGUUUGACCAUAAUGACCAUCGUUAUGUUUGGUGGAAAAAGGGGAUAGCUUGCAAGCCGAAGAACACCAUCCCAACCGUGAAGCACGGGGUGGCAGCAUCAUGCUGUGUGGGUGCUUUGCUGCAGGAGGGACUGGUGCACUUCACAAAAUAGAUGGCAUCAUGAGGAAGGAAAAUUAUGUGGAUAUAUUGAAGCAACAUCUCAAGACAUCAGUCAGGAAGUUAAAGCUUGGUCGCAAAUGGGUCUUCCAAAUGGACAAUGACCCCAAGCAUACAUAUAUUUGCGAGAAAAAAACAUAUGGGUGAUUGGAAGUGAUGCAGACAAUUACAUUGAUGUAAGUUACAAUCUAUCUGCAAUAUUAAAGCUGAUCUACCCCCUAAAAAAAAAAAAAAGAAGGCUAACUGUGAACAUGGGUUAACACCUUCCGUGGUUAACACCUUCUCACAUCGAACUUUCUUGAUGAUGCAGAGGUUGUUGAUUCUGCUCUUCAUAAGUCCUGUGUCAACCCUGUAGCUAUGGAAACACAGUUCCAAAAAAAUAACACUAAAGCCCACAUUAACAUAAUCACUGGUGGUGUAGUGGAAACCCCCCAAAAGAUGAUGGUAAGGGGCUACCGCUUCCCACUGUUUUUUUCUUCUUCUUGGUAUCCACUGAUGUUUACACACACCCACACACCGUCAUGCUCUCUUAUCAAUCUCUCUCCUCUCUUUCUCUCUCUCCUCCCUCUUCCCCAGCGUCCUCACCUACAUCUUCAUGAUUGACGUGAACCUGCCGUACACCCAGCCUACAGCCUCACCUCGCAUCAAGGAAUUCACAGAGCGUGUACUGAUGCGCCUCAAACCCCUGACGGAGGGGGACGAGGAGAUCCAGAACCACGUGGUAGAGGAGAACGAGGUGGGGGAGCAGGAUGAGAGGACACAGGCCAUCAAACUACUGAAGACAGGUACGACCCCUAACCCUAACACAGGCCAUCAAACUACUGAAGACAGGUACAACCCCUAACCCUAACACAGGCCAUCAAACUACUGAAGACAGGUACGACCCCUAACCCUAACACAGGCCAUCAAACUACUGAAGACAGGUACGAACCCUAACCCUAACACAGGCCAUCAAACUACUGAAGACAGGUACAACCCCUAACCCUAACACAGGCCAUCAAACUACUGAAGACCGGUACGACCCCUAACCCUAACACAGGCCAUCAAACUACUGAAGACAGAUACGAACCCUAACCCGAACACAGGCCAUCAAACUACUGAAGACAGGUACGAACCCUGACCCUAACACAGGCCAUCAAACUACUGAAGACCGGUACGACCCCUAACCCUAACACAGGCCAUCAAACUACUGAAGACAGAUACGAACCCUAACCCGAACACAGGCCAUCAAACUACUGAAGACCGGUAAGAGAUCAGAGGAUAGGGAGAGCGAGAGCAUAUUGAUAGAGAUGAUGAUAAACUCAGGUGUAAAACCAAAGAAAACAGUCUCCUCACACUAAGAUUAAUGCACAUUUCAGUCAUUUUAAUGUGUCAACCUUUCAGUUACAAUGACCUUCAUCAGAGCAUACAGUGUAAUAAAGGUUUUCUAUUUGUUUCCAGUACUCAAGUGGCUGAUGGCCAGUGCUGGACGCUCUUUCUCCACGGCUGUUCCAGAGCAGCUCCAGUUGCUGCCACUGCUGUUCAAGGUGGGUGGGUCAAGGAAGGAAGAAACCUGAAGAGGAACCAGACUCUGAGGGAGAGGCCUAUCCCUAACCCCAUUUCUCUCUCUUCUCUAUUCCUCUUGUAGAUCGCUCCGGUGGAGAAUGAUGACAGUUAUGAUGAGCUGAAGAGGGAUGCCAAGACCUGUCUGUCUCUGAUGUCCCAGGGACUGCUCUACACAGAGCAGAUACCACUGGUCCUACUGGCCCUGCAGGAGGUAGGGACACACACACACACACACCAAGGACUCCUCGACACAGAGGAGGGACACACAUGUUCUGCAGGUGGUAGGUCACCACACACACACGUGCACGCACUGCGGGAGGUGAGUCACCGGGCCACCCGCCUUUCAUUUCUGACACACACACACACACACACACACAAAUCUCAGGCCAGACUCAUCUUCAACCAUUUUCCCCAUUCACUGCAAAGUCCAAAUAAAAAAAUUGUUCAAAAACAGGUCAAAGGUUUUUAGAAAUGUUUGCAAAUGUAUUUUUUUUUAAAAACGGAAAUACCUUAUUUACAUAAGUAUUCAGACCCUUUGCAAUGAGACUUUAAAUUGAGCUCAGGUGCAUCCUGUUUCCAUUGAUCAUCCUUGAGAUGUUUCUACAACUUGAUUGUAGUCCACCUGUGGUAAAUUAAAUUGAUUGGACAUGAUUUGGAAAGGCACACACCUGUCUAUAUAAGGUCCCACAGUUGACAGUACAUGUCAGAGCAAAAACCAAGCCAUGAUGUCGAAGGAAUUGUCCGUAGAGCUCCGAGACAGGAUUGUGUCGAAGCACAGAUCUGCAGCAUUGAAGGUCCCCAAGAACACAGUCGCCUCCAUUCUUCACUUUUAAGAAGGCACACCUGUUAAUUGAAAUGCAUUCCAGGUGACUACCUCAUGAAGCUGGUUGAGAGAAUGCCAAGAGUGUGCAAAGCUGUCAUUAAGGCAAAGGGUGGCUAUCUGAAGAAUCUCAAAUAUAAAAUAUAUUUUCAUUUGUUUAACACUUUUAUGGGGUUACUUCAUAAUUCCAUAUGUGUUAUUUCAUAGUUUUGAUGUCUUCACUAUUAUUCUACAAUGUAGAAAAUAGUAUAAAUAAAGAAAAACCCUUGAAUGAGUGUGUGUGUGUAGAUAUAUAUAUAUAUAUAUAUAUAUAUAUAUAUAGAUAGAUAGAUCUAUCAAUUAAAACACUAGGCCUAUAGGCUAUGCCUAUGCUGCGUUGCAUGCCUCUUGAGUUAAUCUGAGCUGAAAAAACAUUGUAGGCUAUUCCAUUAAAUCAACUAGAGCCUAUACGCACAUUGUAAUCGAAGUCCAAAUCUUAAUUGGUGCAUUUGAAAAUCCUUUUGUGAGGCGCAGCCGGGAACAACUUCUGUACGAUGGAGAGUGGUGGGGUCGAUAAACCAGAAUUGGAGGAUCCUCCAUCAUUGUUUAAAUCUCCAGUUUGGGAACAUUUUUGCUUUACAAUAGAAGCAAAACUGUAUUGAACUUUGUAGGAUAUCAACAAAAUGUAUUGAAUUUAUUAGAACAUUUAAUUCAUUUGCCCAAAAUGUUAAGACACGUGUAAGUGAUUCAUAUUUUCCUUCCACUUUCUGAAGAGGCAGCGGCGUGGGAAUGCCCCCGUCUGUGUGUGCAUCUGCUACUAUGUAGCCGUUAACGAUUAUGCUAGUGACAACGGUCUUCUAGUAGAUGGAAAGGCUUUCCCCAAAAUCUUCUACAAAGUAGUCUAUGCAUACCUGGCAGAAUAAUAUAAUGAUUAUUUGCAUCAAUUCAGUCGUGAUUUGUUCAGCAAACUCUGCAAUCACGUGUGCUACAGAAACACUGCUAACCAAGCAAGGCUCUUGCUGGUGCGCACCUAAAUUAAAGGGUAUCUACACCCAAAAAUGAUUUUAUUUUUUCCCUUAACUCAAAAAUGGUCUGAUGUGGUUUAAGCAUUGUUGUGGACUUAGAACCUCCAAUUGUGUUGUUUUUCUAUUAAACAAGUUUGAUUUAGAGACUGAAAAUCUGAAAAACAGGGAAAAAUCAGAAACCUGGAAGAACUUAAUGAGAACUGAAUUUGGGGAUAAAUAAAACGGAUGUUAUAUGGCCCUACAUUGUAUGGCUCAUCUAUUCCUGAGUUAGUUUAGCAUAUUUUGCCAAAAGAAAAAUUUACUACAGUAACCUUUGGCAUUUCAUUUUCCUGCUGUACCGAAACCAAACUGUGACCCCAAAACCUCAAUGCGUACCAAACCGUGGGUUUGGUGAACCAUUAAACCCCUAGUUGUUGUGUUGUAAUUAACAUUCUAUGUUAUAUUAUUUUACAGAUAGCGGGCAGCAGUUCGUGGCAUGCUCGCUACACGGUGCUGACGUACCUACAGAUCAUGGUCUUCUACAACCUGUUCACCUUUAUGAGCGACCAGGGAGCCGUCAACGACGUCAGAGCACUGGUCAUACGCCUGCUGGAGGACGAGCAGCUAGAGGUAACACACACACACACACACACACACACACACAGGAAAUGAAUGUAGAAAAGGAGUUGAACAGGCAUGAGUGGAUGAUCAUUAUGCAUAACAAAGACAUGGAACAAAGACAUGGAUAUGUAGAGACUGAUUAAUGCCAGAAGAUGUCAUGGCUGAAAGAGCGGGGACAGAGCAGUGUGGGGAGGUAGGCCUAUUUGUUACAGAUCACAUUGUGUAAUUGCUGAGCAAUCUGUCACAGAAAGUUUGUGUGUGUGUGUUUGCUCACAGGCCCUUUGCUCCCUGUCUUACAGCUCUCUGUAUGUAGGGAUUAGGCACUCUUCCUCCCUCCAUCUUCCUCCUCUUUCUCCCCCUCCGGUCCCUCUCUCACUUGUUGCUAUGGAAACCACAGGCUGCAGGAGUAUUCUGUUGCUAUGGGGAGGGGAUUAAGGGGGAGAGGGGGUUGGAUAGAUGUAUGUAGCCAUUUCUCUGUCUUUCUAUCCAGACAAAAUGGCUCAGUUCAACUGUCCUCUAGGGAGGGCUGUGACGAUUAUGGAAUUCUAGGUAAUGAUUAAUUGUCAUGCAAAUGGUCAUGGUUAUUGUCGUAAUUGUGUAUUUUUUUAUGUUAUUUUUUGAGCUUGUAAUGCAUCAUAAUGCAUCUUUGAAAAUGAACCACGCCUUACCUACCGAAUACAACACAGCUUUGGUGACACCCCUGUCUAAAAAAACAAAAUGGUUUUGCCGACUUGGAACUUUUGAAAGUGAACCUUCUCCUCAUGACCGUGCCAUUCUGCUCGUAAAAUGAUAACCAACUUCACACACUUAAUGUAAAAAUGAAAAACCGCUAUUGGGUAAACUAUAUCUACUUAAAGUUGAAUCCAGCCUUCUCCUAAAAUGAAUGUAUUAAGACGAUUAUGACAACAAUAAAAUGUUAUUGUCCAUAAUUAUACCAGCCUUACUCUUGAGCCUAAUAUAUUGACAUUCCUUGGCUGCUUGACACCUCUCGUUGCUAGGCGACAUCAAUUGGUUCACUCAAUCAGUGACAGGAUUGGGGUUAAUACUGUUGUGUAAACGUCGGACCGUACGUGUGUGUGUGUGUGUGUGUGUGUGUGUGUGUGUGUGUGUGUGUGUGUGUGUGUGUCAGGGCUCAGUAAUCACUGUUGCGUUUGCAGUCUCAAUCUCAACCAUGGACCGACCGUGUGUGUCUGUUUAAUAACAUACACAUACUGAUCAGGAACUAACAUGGAUACUAUUUCUUCAUAAUUAUUUUCUAAAGAGAAGUCCAGCAACACAAAAGGCCUGAUGCUGGUUGCAGCUGUAGAUUCCUCUUCCCUCCUCCUCCCCAGCCCACCGUACAGUACACAGCCUAGCUACAGAACAGUCCUGAGCCUUUGUGCGCUCAAGGGUGAGACUGAAUCACUAAAUGAACUCCAGUCUCCCUGUUCUCUCUCUUCUCUCUCUGGCUCAAUCUCAAUGAGCCUUUCUGUGAUUCCUCGCUUCCCAUCACCUUGCCAACAGUGUUGUAGGAGAAGGUCCAAGGUCCCUCCCCCUAAGACUUUCUCCAAUGCAUUUUGAGAAGGAGGCGAGGAGGAGAAUUUCGAUAGAGCUUCUGAGAUGAGCCGAGGUAGUCAGUACAGACUGGGCCAGCCAGCUCCAUAUAUGGCCACACACACUGUUGCAUUGCAUAAAUAAUUAACCCUUUCCCCCUCUCCUUCUCUACCUCCGUUCUCCCUCUGUCCCCCAGGUGAGGGAGAUGGCUGCCACCACUCUGAGCGGUUUCCUCCAGUGUAACUUCCUGUCCAUAGAGGGCCCCAUGCAGAAUCACUUCGAGGCCCUCUGCAAGACCCGCCUGCCCAAGAAGAGGAAGAGGGAGUUGGGCUCUGUGGUGGACACCAUCCCCUCCGGAGGUAGCUUCUAACACAACUGUCCAAUGCCUUACUUAGAACACAUACUCUUCCUGAUAGUGCUACAGGCAUACUGGCUCUGUUCCAAUAUCCACACUAGAAUGGCCACUGCAUAGUUUCAUUCUAAGUGCUAUGCUAGUGUGGAUAUUGGAACAACCACUGUCUACAUCAGCGUUUCCCAAACUCGGUCCUCGGAACCCCAAGGGGAACGCGUUUUGGUUUUUGCCCUAACACUGAUUCUUAUGAUCAAAGCUUGAUGAUUAGUUGAUUAUUUGAAUCAGCUGUGUAGUGCUAGCGCAAAAGCCAAAACGUGUACCCCUUGGGGUCCCGAGGACCGAGUUUGGGAAACCCGGGUCUACAUGCAACGGUCCAUUGCCUUACUUGGAACACAGUUGCCAUGAUUGUGUUAGAUAGUCUUCUAGAAUGUAGUUUCCUUGACCUUACUAAACAUGUUAUACCUCAGCUUUUCAAUGCUCCUUUUCAGUCUGUUCCUCCCUAUGUGUGUGUAGAUCUGGUGCGGCGUCAUGCUGGAGUGUUAGGUCUGAGUGCCUGUAUCCUGUCCAGCCCCUACGAUGUACCCACCUGGAUGCCCCAGCUACUGAUGAACCUCAGUGCCCACCUCAACGACACACAGCCCAUUGAGGUGAACAGGACUAACACACACACACACUGAGGAAGAAGCAAGCAACACACACGCACUCUGCUCUCACGCACACACACACACACACACACCUCAACGACACACAGCCUAUUGAGGUGAGGGGGACCACACACACUUCUCUUUCUCUCUCGCUCUCUCGUCGAUCCCUGUCAUCUUGUCCCUGAAUGCGUCUUCUUGUGUCUCCUCCUGCAGAUGACGGUGAAGAAGACCCUGUCUAACUUCAGGCGGACUCACCAUGACAACUGGCAGGAGCAUAAACAGCAGUUUACUGACGACCAGCUGCUGGUUCUGACCGACUUGCUGGUCUCUCCCUGCUAUUAUGCCUAGAUACCUGGUACGUACACACACCUGCUGGUGUCUCCCUGCUACUAAGCCUAGAUAACUGGUACACACACACAAUUCAAACGUAUGCUUGGGUGGAAAAAUCCCAACACUAAUUACAGUACAUUAUAAACAAUACAAGGCACCAACCAUUAAUCCCACUAUCCAUUCUGUCUCUCUUGAUGGCCAAGCAUUAAUCCCACUAUCCAUUCUGUCUCUCUUGAUGGCCAAGCAUUAAUCCCACUAUCCAUUCUGUCUCUUUAGGGCCCUGGUGCAACUUUGAGGAGAUUUUUAUGUUUCCUUGAUGCCCUCUUUGAGCCACUCGACAAUUCCUCACUCUGGGAAGGCCUCAGACUGAACAGAACAGGGCCCGUAUUCACAAAGCGUUUGAGUAGGAUUGCUAAUCUAGAAUCAGUUUUGCCUUUCAGAUAAUUUUGAAUACCAUUAUAUGGACAGGGCGGCCUGAUUCUCGAUCAGCACCGCUACUCUGAGACGCCCAUAACAGAACACACCAGCCUGCACGAGGGCAGAGGGAAGACUGAGGCCUCACAUCCAGGCCCCUGCCCUCUGGCCAGACCAACGGACAACACCUGGGUCCUAUUCAUCAGGCAUCAAACGGAAGAAAACAGAAUUAAAAACAGGGAGGAACUACCUGGGACUUGUCCAAUAAUAACCGCUUGUUUUUUGCGGGGUUUUCCUUUAAAAAAAAUGUUUCUAAAUGUUUUUCUAUGUUGUGCCCUAACAAAUAUGACCCUGUACCCUGAGGACCUUAAAAAGGGGGUUGGGGGGAACACAAAUGCGUAAUGGAUGAAUGGAUGGAAUAAAAGAGUUGUGUAUUUAGCGCUCAUUUACAUUUCUACUAUACUUAAUAUUUAAGGAUAAACCAUAGCAGGGAUGAUUGGCCUGCGGUUUGUAAUACUACUGUACAGUUUAUUUCUUUUGUUAAUUUUAUUUUCUUUAUUUGCAUGCUUGUGUUUAUGUGGAAUGCUUGAUGAUACCCGCAGGUUUCCCCCUACCUCUGGUCCACGGUGUAGUGUGCGUUCUUCCACUAAUGCACCACCACUUGUGGAGGAGUGCACGCUACGCCCUGGACCAGAGCUAGUUUCCCUCCCCAUACUAUUGCUCUCAGCUCAAAAUCCCAUCAAUGUUAUCAACUCUGAGCCAACUAACUAUUAUUCCAGUAGAGGGUAGAAACCGUACUGUCCCAGUUCUCCUAUAGUGAAGUGUUCUUAGCCACAGUCUGUAUGUGUUCAGAUUAGAUUGGGGAUGUAUCCCAAAUGGUACCCUAUUGGUUUUGGUGCACUACUUUUGACCAGGGC